AGAGUAUGUCUUCUGGGUGACCCACACGUGACUCGACCAUAAAUCGGUCUCGCAGAGAGACAUGAACCACAACCAUGAUCAGAACACUCCGAAGAGUCGGAAUACGGCAUUACACCAAGUCGCCGCCCAUACCGAACCCGCUAGAUGCGCCACCCAUUGAUCUCUCCAAAACCUUCGGCACAGUGGAGUCUUUUUCCAUCCGGAGCAUGGAGAAUGUGCUCCAUAUCUUGGAAGAUGCGGAAUCACGACCAGGCACCAGGAAGCGCCAGUCGCCGUUUUUCGAGGCAUUGAAGCGGUUGGACACCCAGUACUUGAACCAUUUCACAAACCAGUUCGGGCGCCAAUUGUUCACCUACGCCGUGCUCUACCACUUCAACCUUAGGCCGUUUCUCGCCAGCAACCCCUACCUCGUAACCGAGUUUCCGGCAGUCUUGGGCCAGUUGCAGACACGAGUGCAGAGCCCAAGACCCAACUCGUUCUUUGCCCGCAACCCCGAGCUCACCCUCGACCACAAGCUCAACUACGCCCAGUCGAUUGUGCGGUACUUCUUGAUGAACGACGUACACUGCUUGCGACGCUUGGCGGUGGACGUCCAGCGCGUGUGCAAAGACGUGGUAUCCUACGACAACUCCAUCCGUAGCUACGGGCUCCGUCUCUCCAGGGGAAUCCCGUCUAGCACUCCCUACAUCAGCCACGACCCCAUGGAGCUCCGCAGCCUGUUGGGAACCGCCAAACUGGAGAAAAACAUGUUGGUGUUCAUGCCCAAGCAUCCUGAUGCCAUCGCCAAAUUGACCAGCUGCGACCCGCAACUCAUUUUGGCCAUGAUGCGGUGCGACGAGAUGGAGGGAGAAAUCGCAUUUGAGAUCUUGUGCAAGCGCAUUCUUCUCAAGAUCCAGGAGGUUAAGACCAUGGGCGACGACGUCCCCGCAGAAAAGCAAUACUGGCAGGACGGGUUGCUUGGUGACUCGGGCGAUGGUGGGCUCCAGUUCGAGUACGCCUCAAACCAUCACCACAACCGUCGCAAGCUGGAUAUCAAGCAGGCAGUGGUGCGGGACCUCACCAAGGCAACCAAGAGCCUGCGUACCACCAGCACGGUAGAGCGCGUGCCUCAGCAGGAAGUGGCAGUGGACUAUGCCGAGCUCAACGACCGGUUGUUGUUGGAUAAGAUGGUGGAGGACCACCGCAGCGUGCGGGACCUCAAGGUGGUGGUAGCACACCGCAGCAAGAUCGCUGGACGGAUGAUGUACGACCCGGUAUACCGAGAGGCCAUGGCGGUAGCAGCGGCGGCUAACGACGCCGAGACCAUUAAGGAUGUGUUGGUGAGCUACUUUGACCGCUAUUUCGGAAAGUUCUACGGCAUCGACCCAGUGAGGGCCGAGAAGUGGAUGGUCAACCUUUUGUUGGCAUGGGACGCCAUGCCGUUGGUGACGCCAGCUGCGGUCAAUGAGGCGGUGGCAGGACAUCGCCAGAUGGUGGCCCAGUGUGAGUUGGGCAGUUAUGGUGCCCUCCACGAGCAGGCUGGUGUGGCAUAAAUGGGUGCAAAACGCGGCCAGGCUGCGAAACAGGACAAGUAGCACCAGUCGACUUUUUCAACAGUUGGGUCGAUUCUCCCCAAAGGGGAUGUACUACAGAUAGCAUUAUAUACGUGGAGUAGUAUAGAGAGUGGUAGGAGACAAUAAGCAUAUACUAAAUUGAGAAGUGUGUACUGGUAGAAGGCGAUAAAUACUACCAUGGACGAGAAUACGGAUGAGCGAAGAAUGUGCACUGGAU